UCUUCGACAUUAAAAACCAAAAUUGUGUGGGAUGGAGAGUGAAAGUAUUGAAUAAUCCGAUCAUGGCGACGAUGAUGAUGAUGAUGAAACCCAUCGGUUUUCAAUUUUCUGACUUGAAAAAACUCAGAAAUCCAUACCCAAAUUCACCAUUGAUCAGAAGAUCCCAUGAACCCAAUCAUGGUUUGCUCCAAAUGUCUCAAGAUUUAGAUCGAUCACUGGUCCAUGAAUUCAAUCCCUCUAUCCCAAUUCAAGAAGCCCUAACCCCACCAAGUUCAUGGUAUACUUGCGCUUCUUUUCUCUCUCUAGAACUCAAUCAAGUGUUCUUCAAAGGAUGGCAGGCCGUCGGAUGUACCCACCAAAUUCAGGAAGCUAACAGUUUCUUCACCGGCAGAUUGGGAAAUGUAGAAUAUGUGGUAUGCCGUGAUGAAAAUGGCGAGUUGCGUGCUUUUCAUAACGUUUGUCGUCACCAUGCCUCGCUUCUUGCCUAUGGAAGUGGAAAAGGAUCUUGUUUUGUAUGCCCUUACCAUGGAUGGACAUAUGGAUUGGAUGGAAGACUUCUGAAGGCAACCAGAAUAACAGGGAUAAAGAACUUCAAUGUCAAAGAAUUUGGACUGGUUCCAGUAAGGGUAGCCAUUUGGGGGCCAUUUAUCCUUCUGAACCUAGAAAGAAAGGGGUUUGAUCAACAGAAUUGUGAUGAUAAUGUGGGGAUGGAGUGGCUUGGUAGCACUUCUGAGAUACUAAGUACCAAUGGGGUUGAUACUUCUUUAAGUUAUCUACGCAGACGUGAAUACACAAUCGAGUGUAACUGGAAGGUUUUUUGUGACAAUUACUUAGAUGGUGGUUAUCAUGUCCCUUUCGCACAUAAAGAUCUUGCAUCAGGUCUUAAGCUCGACUCCUAUUCCACCACCAUAUAUGAGAAAGUAAGCAUCCAAAGAUGUGAUGGAGAUGAAGAUUUUGAUAGGCUUGGAUCAAAAUCUUUAUAUGCUUUCAUUUAUCCAAACUUCAUGGUGAAUAGGUAUGGGCCUUGGAUGGACACCAAUCUGGUGCUACCAUUAGGACCCCGGCGAUGCAAAGUGAUUUUCGAUUACUUUCUUGACGCUUCUCUUAAGGAUGAUGAAGCUUUUGUGGCCAAGAGUUUAGAAGACAGUGAGCAAGUUCAGAUGGAAGACAUCAUGCUCUGUGAAUCGGUUCAAAGAGGGCUGGAAUCGCCAGCCUAUGACAACGGUCGAUAUGCUCCAAUGGUAGAGAAGGCCAUGCAUCAUUUCCAUUCUCUGCUACAUCAACAUCUCAUCAAGUGAUUUCAAGCAUAAAAAAAACUUGAAAAUCUCUGUAAUAUAAGUCAUGAAAACACAAUCAAUUUAUAUAGAAAACACACUACUACACCCACACACAUGUACAGCUUUUGUUCACA